AUGGAGGGAAUCUCCCUAGAACUGAAAGUAAUUUCUUGCAGAGAUCUCAAAACGUUCAAUUUCUUUCAAAAGCUCUCAGUCUAUGUUGUUGUUUCCAUUUUUAUUGAUGAACCAAAGAAGAAUGAACAACCGCGACAAAAGACAGCAGUAGACUUUCUUAAUGGUGUGUUGAAGAAGAAUGUAAAGCAACAACAACGUCUGCAGGGGCAAAAGACAUCUCUGAAUGUUUUCAACGAUGAAGCUAAGAAGGACGAACAGCAGCAACUUCUGCAGCGGCAAAAGACACCGGUGGACAGAGAAGGAGGUAGCAAUCCUGAAUGGAAUCAUAUGAUGCAGUUUGAUCUCAAUACCACUUCACUUCCUGAUCAAGGUGAUAAUCUCUUUUUCAAAUUUGAAUUGCGCUGCGAAGGAGCCAUCUUUGGAAACAGAACUAUUGGGGAAGUUUGUGUCCCAUUCAAGGAUUUGAGUGAGGAAUUUAACGGCAGUGUCAGAUUUGUAAGUUAUCAGGUUCGAAAUAGCGAUGGGAGGCCAAAUGGGGUCCUGAAUUUUUCCUAUGAGGUGAUUGAGAAGGUCAAGAAGAAAGGAAUUGAUAGUCCAAAAGUUGAUUUGCCACGAGGAAUUCCUUUCUCAUCAGUUAAAAAGCUCAUUAUCCUUCCCUGGAAGUCGAUGUUAAUGAAAGCAUGUUAUCCUACGCCUCCGCCAGCCUUUCCAUAUCAACUUCCACCAUCUGUUGCUGUGGGUCACGGAGUGUAUCAGCAUCAAUAUCCAUCACCAUUGACACAGAAUCCAGGUUCAGAUUGGUACUCAACAAAGACAACAGAGUAUGGUUGCGGUACGUGUGGGUAUCCUGGAGGUUGGGGCUCUUAG